GGGGGGGGGGGGGGGGCCGCGGCCGCGCAACCUCCGCGCCCUGCCCGUCCGUGGGCGGCCAAGGCGCCCACCGAGCGCCGCCGGCGGACGUCGCCCCCCCCACACACUUCCCGCCCUGUCAGUGUGGAGAAGCCGUGGCUGGGCUCAGCGCUGUCACCCUCCGGCGACUCGUCCCGCCGCCGCCCCGGCGUGAGGGGGGCUCCGGCCGCAGAUGGCUGCCCCGCUGCAGCUCAGCCCCGCACCGCAGUCCGACCACCCUCACCUCAGGCCUCCCCGCUCCCCGUGGGCCCCUGGCGUCUUGCCGAGAGCCCCCUCGGGCCGGCUGGUAAACGGGCUCCUUGGGGACCCCCGGACCCCCCCUGAGGAGGGACGGGGGGUGCUCAUGCUGCUGAACAGGGCGGCGAGGGGAAAGCGGGCCGCUGCCUCCCCACUGCGUGUUGGAGCACAGGCUGCUUUGCUUCGGCGCUUGGCCUUGAGACUCUCUGAUGGCCUUCAGGACCAAAAUUGGGGAAUGCACUGUUUAGACACCCCUGCGGGAGCGAUAGGAGCGUGGCUGGAAGUGGCACGGAGAGCUGGGUAACUCUCGACGUUGCCAGACCUUUUAGGAGGAUCAUGUUAGGGCUUCCGUGAUGGGAAAUGGAAAAACUUAUGAAAAUGGCUCUCAGCUCAUGGUCUCCUUGAACUGGCCCUGAAAAUAGCUGAAGUAAACCAAGCAAUUUCCAGUGAUUUCCAGCAAUUUCAAGAAAGAAUGUUUGAAAUCCACCUUUCCUACGUGUCUGUAGCCUCGUGUAAUGGUAACUGUGCAUGUUUCAACACUGGGCAGUAUUGCGCCAGCGUUAAAAAUGGGUUAAGUUCUACCAGAGAUCAGGGCGCCCCGUCCCGGCGGCCGGCUCUGCGGGGGCUGCCCCAGCGCCGCCGCCCCCCCCCGCAGCCCACCAUGACCGGGCCGAGGCUGGCCCUCGCCGCCGCGCUCCUCUGCAGCUGCACCUCGCCGGUGGCCGACGCCAACUCUUGGUGGUCUUUGGCCAUGAAUCCCAUCCAGAGACCUGAGAUGUACAUCAUCGGCGCGCAGCCGGUGUGCAGCCAGCUGCCGGGGCUCUCCCCCGGGCAGCGCAAGCUCUGCCAGCUCUACCAGGAGCACAUGGUGUUCAUCGGGGAGGGGGCCCGCAGUGCCAUCAAGGAGUGCCAGUACCAGUUUCGGCAGCGGCGGUGGAACUGCAGCACGGUGGACAACACCUCCGUCUUUGGACGGGUCAUGAAAAUAGGGAGCCGGGAGACAGCUUUCACCUACGCCGUCAGCGCUGCCGGGGUGGUGAACGCGAUCAGCCGGGCUUGCCGCGAGGGAGAGCUCUCCAGCUGUGGCUGCAGCCGGACGGCCCGGCCCAAGGACUUGCCCCGAGACUGGCUGUGGGGCGGCUGCGGGGAUAACGUGGAGUAUGGGUAUCGUUUUGCCAAGGAGUUUGUGGAUGCCAAGGAGAGGGAGAAGAACUACGUGCGAGGUUCGGAGGAGCAGGCUCGCAUGCUGAUGAACUUGCAGAACAACGAGGCUGGUCGCAGGGCCGUGUACAAGCUGGCGGACGUGGCCUGUAAGUGCCACGGCGUGUCGGGCUCGUGCAGCCUGAAGACCUGCUGGCUGCAGCUGGCUGACUUCCGCAAGGUGGGCGACCUGCUGAAGGAGAAGUACGACAGCGCCGCUGCCAUGAGGAUCAGCCGCAAGGGCAAGCUGGAGCUGGUGAACAACCGUUUCAACAUGCCGACGCAAGAGGACCUGGUCUACGUCGACCCCAGCCCGGACUAUUGCCUGCGCAAUGAGACCACGGGCUCUCUGGGCACCCAGGGCCGACUGUGCAACAAGACCUCAGAGGGCAUGGAUGGGUGCGAGCUGAUGUGCUGCGGACGGGGUUAUGACCAGUUCAAGAGCGUCCAGGUGGAGCGUUGCCACUGCAAGUUCCAUUGGUGCUGUUAUGUCAAGUGUAAAAAGUGCACAGAGAUAGUCGACCAGUACGUCUGUAAAUGAAAGGAGCCACCAAAGCAACAAAUCUAUAUUAUAUAAAUCUAUAUAAAUAUAUUUUAUAUUUGUAUAAAUAAACAGAUGAUGAUAAUAAUUAAAGAAGCUUAUUUAAGAGACAUUUUGGUUUUGAAAUUUCCCCCAUCAGGCCAGCUGGUUUGCCGUUCCUUCAGUUCUGCUGGGGAGUUUGAGUGCAUCUCCCCUUGGAUGUUUCAGUCAGGGUGAAGAGGCUGAGGAGGUGCUGACAAAGUGAACUCCCCCCUGCACACAAGCACACACUUUUUCAUUACAGAAACAAAGCCAGCGAGAAGGAGAAGAGUGGGUUCUUUCUGCUCUCUCAUCGGUAAAUCUCGGCAUUUGGCAUAGUUAUUGCACAUCUGAAAUUACAGCCGGAUGCGGGUGAGUCCUAGUUACCUGAGUUUCAAACCCUGCCACCCCACUAAACCCACUGGGGAACCUGGAACCAAUUCUCGAUCCCUCUAAAGGGCUUUGUCGCGUUAAGAGGGAAAGUUAGCCAAGGCUCCUCUCCAAGAAUAUGGCUUAAAAUCCAGAGUCCUGUGAACUAUUCCUGGACGCUGCACAGACCACGAUGUGGUGGAGGAAGGUUUACAACCUGCUGUUGUGAGGAAGGAAGGUGUGACUGUGGCUGACCAGUGCACAGCCUGGGCGUCCCCGUGAAGCCAGCACCUAGCUCUUCUGUGCCGCCUGGGCAAAGGGGAAGGUCUGUCCAGCUCAGACUACGGGGCUAUGUGCGUGAGGGAGGUUUGUUUUUUUGUUUUGGUUUGGUUUGUUUUUUUUCUUUUAAUCCCAUGCUGAACCUUAAUUUGUCAAUAUAGAGGAGGAGCUGCCAGUGCCCAGGGAUGUUUGCAAAGGCAAUAUACUUCAUGUUUUGUCAGUAGAAGGAAGCAUUGCACGCACACACGUGCACAUGGCUGCAUAAGCACUCCUCAUACCGCUGCCGGUUUUCCUCUUUGAAGUGGAUGCAGGUGGUCUCCUUGUUCAGCUCUAUUAAAUCCUCCUCACCACCAUCCCAGAUGUAUAGUUUCUCUUUAACAUUAAACACCCCUCAAUGACA